AUGGUCGGGCCCGGCAAGGCUAUCAACUCGUCCUACUUCCGCGUCAUCUGUCCGUCCGUGCUCGGCAGUCCAUUCGGAGCUACAUCCCCGCUCACGAUCAACCCGCGGACGGGCGACAAAUACAAGGCGUCCUUCCCGCAGAUCACCCCGGCCGACAUGGCUCGCUGCCAUGCCAAAGUAUUGGACGACCUGGGCAUCGACAGCGUCCACGCCGUCAUCGGCUCCAGUAUGGGCGGCAUCCAGGCUCUCGAGCUCGCGGCUCAGUUCCCAGACCGUCUUGAUCGCCUCAUCGGACUUGCCUGCACGCACCAAACCACACCCGGAUCAGUCGCCUUUCGACGGGUGCAGCGGCGUGCCAUCCUUGCUGACCCAAUGUACAGGGACGGCAACUACACUCCCGGUGUCCCUCUUGAGGGCAUGAAGGUGGCGCGUGAGCUGGGCAUGACGUGCUACCGCUCACGCGAAGAGUUCGACACGCGUUUCGACUGGAAUCCUACGGGUCCAACGGACUUCAAGGCGGCGACGUUCGAGGUCGAGAGCUACAUGGACUACCAGGCCAACAAGUUUGCGCGACUGUACGACCCAAACUGCUACCUGCUGCUGUCCAAGGCUAUUGAUCUCACCAACUUGGGGCGUAACGCGCUGAGCCUGGCUGAGGGCACGAGUCGCAUCUCGUGUGAUGCCCUCAUCGUUGGUAUCAAGCAGGACCUGCUGAUCCCGAUCCAGGAGCAACGCAACUUGGUGAGCAUCCUGCAGUCGUACGGCCGCAACGCGCAGUUGGUGGAGGUGGACUCCAAGUUCGGUCACGACGCCAUGUUCAACGAGCAGAUGCAGCUGGACGUCUUCUCGCCGCUUAUUAGAGAGUACAUUGAGAGGCAGCUCGUCGAUAUCCUGCCGCACGAACAGCACCGAUACAGCAGUCUCUAA